GAGUUACGAUCGGUACCGAAAGUUCAUGUAGUGCGUCGUCCCGCGAGUCGCCUACUCCUCCUUUCGUCUCGACUUGAUCUUACGCACGGGCAGCUUACGUGACGACGUGUGCGAGCGGUACUCGACGACGCGCCCGACAAAGUGUUCUUUUUUUCAUCAUCGGGUUUCUGUAGCACAACGUCAAAAUUCUUCCUACUUUUGGCAUUAUCUCCCGUGAAAUUCCAUGAUUAAUCCACGGUGAAGUUUUUCGAUUGGACGAUAUUCGUGCGAGACACCCUCCCCCUCCAUCCCGUGUGUUAUUUCGUGUUAGAUCGUAUUUUUGGGGCCGCGCGAUCGUUCGCAAAGAAUCUCGCGAGAGAUCUUUCCGAGGACCUUCGGCGUGCAUUCUUCUACGUAAAGCGCCACGCGGAACACAUCACUCCUUUGUCGCGGGAGAUCGCCACUGUAAAUAAAGAGUGUACAUACUGUGAGUGCGUAGGUGUGUGAGAUUUUAUUGGCAAUGAGCUCAAAUAACAAAUCAUUGGUGUCCUCUGGAAGAGGCACCAACAAAAACAAGUCACAACAUGGGAAAUCAGAUCAUCAUCAAACUAAAUCAUCAGAUUCGAUUAAACAUGAUAAAGCCCAGCAAAACACUGUUCAGACCCGGCAUACACAACUUAUUGAAACCAGAAUGGCUGGAGGCGAGGACUCUUUGAAAGAACGCGUCCAGCAAGUCAUGGACAUGACCAUGCGAACGGAGGACGAAGUAGUGAUGGCUUUGCACGACAACGAUGGUGAUUUGAAUCGUGCUGUGAAUGAUCUUUUGGAAAAUAUAGGGAGGCCAGAGUGGGAGGUUAAAAAGAAGAAGCUGCGUCAACCAAGCGGAUCUAAACAGAUCACUGAUCAAACAGGUGGACAGGAUGAUGGUGGUGAUUGGGAGGAGCGACGUAACCAACGUAGUGGUGGUCCUCCACGCAUGCGAGGCCGUGCUAAUCAUGAUAAUCGUGGAUGGCGUGGACGGGAAAACAAGGAAAAUGAAAGAAACAUGGAGGAUGGCAUUCGCGACGGCAGCUACAGCAGAAGAGGAAGGGGUGGGCCUGGAAGAUCGGGUCGUGGAGGCCGUGGUGGUGGCAGGGGCCUUGGACCGCGAACGUUUGCAAAUCGCAAUGAUCCAUCAUCUGCUUCCACUACUCAUAGCUUUAAUCGUCCAAUUGACACUUGGACAGGGAGUGAAGAGCAGCAACAAAGUAUCCAAGAACCGAAAAUGGAUGCGUGGAACAAUCUUGAUUCAACGGAAGAUUGGGAUAACGAAGAAUAUACAGGUUCUUUGGCGGACACGAAAGUCUUCACUCCAAGCACAUCUAUUUUGGAACCUCCUCCUGCGCUAGAUGAACCAAAGCCACAGGAAAUACCAUCGACGCAAUCGGGCCAAAAUGUUAAUUUAUCACUUCUUCAACAAGAAGAAUUGCCAAAAUUGUCGGACAUGUCGACGAUGCAGCAGCAGAGCUUAAUACAGCAACAACCUUCACAACAGCAACAACCACAGCAACAGCCACAACCUGUAUUAAGCUUGCCGGCGAUGCAAUUACCGCAGCAACCCAGCGCUAUUAGUAGCGGUGUUCUAACAGCGGCACAAACCCAAUAUUUAACACAGCUUAGUCAACAAUCAAGUGAAAACUUGAAAGCUGCUGGACAAACGUCUUUUACGUCAACCAUGUCUAAUCAGCCCCAAAGACAGACAAAACAACGUCCUAGAGUUCCUCCGCCAUCCAAGAUACCAUCGAGCGCGGUGGAAAUGCCGGGUGACGCGGUGAACAGCGGAAUCGGCUUUCUAGAUGUACAAUUUGGUGCGCUCGAAUUCGGUAGCGAUUCUAGCUCUCUUGAUGGUUCCGCCAAUGAGAAGUACAACUCGACGAAUAGUACAAUUUCCGGCGUGGAUAUGACUUCCGGCCCGAAUGCUGUGAACACUGCCAAUGCGAGUAAUUCGCUCGACAUCGAAACUACGCAGACUUCCACAACACCUUACAACGCUAGUUCUCAAAUGUUGUCAGGUACUGAUAAUUUGCCGGUAUCAAGCGAGCAUUCGAUUAGUUCGCAAAGUUUCACCGCGCGUGGAAGCAGUAGCGGUCAAAGUCUGGACAUAACUAAACAAGACUUCACAUCGCAAGUUUCGCCGGGAAAUGCACCAACGUAUGGGCCCCCGACGACGUAUCAGUCGCAGAAAUCGUCUUUCCAACCGUCAAGCGGCACGCCGAGCACGUACAACGCAUACUCGACGAACAGUCAAUCCUCUCAAUCCACCUUUCAGACCGCGUCAGCGUCUGCUAAUACAAAUAGCUAUUCAGCGACUGCGACAGUUUCACAGGCGAGCUACAAUUCGUCAGCGUCGUUCCCGCAAUCCAACGCAUCGACUUUCAGUCAAGCCUCUCCCUCCGCAUCCUCAUCUGCGACUUCCGGUUAUAACCAACCUACUACUAGUAGCCAGGUUUAUCAGUCUGCGAGUGGAUAUGUGCCGACUACGACGUCGCAAUAUCAAGCGCAAUCCGUAGCCACUAAUACGGUAUCGAACAGCAACGCAGGAUAUCAAGCUUACCAGCCACAGGCUUAUCAGUCUUCGGUCACGACAUUUACGUCGCCGAUAACGCAAAGCUCGGGUGGUUAUCAGAGCGCCGCCCAGUCUGUAUACGCGAGCCCAUACGCUAGCUAUACCAGUCAGCCACAAACGGCAACUCACAAUCACAAAUUGAACAACACUGCGAGCAAGGAUUCUCAAUACGAUAGCAACGCGACAACGUCCAAUAGCUCCCUCGCGACGACUACCGCGCCUACGUUGGGUCUUAGCUCUGCCUCGGUGAACAGUUCACAGACUAAAGUAACUAAUUCGAACGCUGUGCCGAAAAGCACGUCGAGUGGAGUGGUGACGGGUACCAGCGGGACCGGUAACAUUACGGGUGGCGGUGCCGCUGGAAAUAUGACGCCUAUGCUCGGUCAUCAAUACAUCAUGGGCCAAGGCGUACCUUACGCUUUUCAACAGCCGAUGUACAGUUACGAGGAGUUGCAACUCGUGCAACAAAGAAUACCGCAUAUGCCAACUACUGGUUACUAUGACGCGGCCCUGGGCUAUCAGACAACCGGUCCCGCAACGAGUCUCGGCGGUGGCAGAGGCGAUGCUUUAUCUGGUGUGCAAGGCGUUCAAGGCGUGCAGGGGGUGCAAGGAGCCUAUACCAGUAUCAGCGACGCCAGGUUCGCCAGGAAUGACAGCAACGCAUCACCGGUACCUUCCACCAUGUCGCAACAAACCGCAACGCAGCACCAGCAACCUAUAAUGAACCCCACGCUUCCACCUGGUUACGCGUACUUUACCUAUGGUGGUGGAAUCAUGCCCGGUGGUUUUCAAUACGGAACUCCCGCUAUCUAUCCACAAAUCGCAACCGCUAGUAAUGCGGGUACGAACAGCGGUGCGUAUAACACUAAGCCGGGCAGUUAUGGAUCUGGUUACGGCGCUGGGGCUAGCUACGACGCUCUAGCCUCCGCUGGCCCGUCCGCGGAGUAUAAAGGCGCCGGUAGCAGCUACACCGCUACCCAGACCGGCAAAACCGGCACUUCCACCGGCAACACUAAUACCGCCGGUUCUUCCGCGACAGAUAUCAACGCCACGAUGUAUGCCAAGAGUCACGUGGCUCUCGGCAAAGUGAAUUCUUACGAAAAACAGACUUUCCACUCGGCUACACCGCCGCCGUUUGGUCUGACGGGUGGUCAGAACGCCGGCUUGCCCGGCAGUUACGGUACGCCGCAUCUGUUUAUCCCGACUAUGCCUCAUCAGUUGCAUCAGCCACUGCAUCAGGAUGGAGCCAACAGCACGGGCCAGAGGUCCAAUACAAGUUCGCAGAACAAGGCUCAAGCGAAGCCCGGGUACAGUCCCAGUUAUUGGGCCGGCAGCAAUUAAAAUACUACCGGAAUUGAUGCACUGAGAAAAGGACGAGUUUGUAACGUAAUACCUACGUAUUAAAGAAAUCUAAACUUGUCUGUUAUUGUGAGACGCUCAUGUGCUAAGAUUUACUGAAUUCAACAUAAAUACUUGAGAUGACAUACGAAAAUGAUAAGCAAGAGACAUUUUUUUAGACUAAAUUUAGGUUUUGUUGUAACACGAGUUAAUGCGUAAUGAAAAGUAAUUUUUUCCAAAAAUCGAAAGGUAUAUGCAGUUAUUAACCUGAUGCUUUAUUCGAGUUUGUCACGAUAACCAGAACAGUUAAUUUCGAACUUGUGUUUGCGUACAAUAUUCUGUGGUUUAUAUUAUUUAUUUAAUUCGGUAAAGGAAGCCGAAAAAUAUAUAUAUACGUAGCGAGAAAGAGAAGGAGGGGGGGGGGGGUUCCGAAUAUUUCGUUCACUUCAACGCAUUUGCAAACAUUUCCAAUACACAAGAGUGCGUUACAAGUAACAUCUUAUGUUUCAAGUAGAAGAAUAUGCAUAAAAAUCUUACAUAAUAAUUUGCAUAUUCCUUCUAACUUCAAGUUGCACUCGUGCCAAAUAAAGUUAUCGCGUUUACCGCGCAAUGAUCGCGUGAUGUAUUAUCAGGUAUGAUUUGUCAAACUGAUCAUUUGUGGAAAGAAAGAAAUUACCGGUACUUCACAACACGAUAAAGUCGAUAUCACGCAGAUCGUGUUACAUGGAACACCGAAAAGGAAACGAAGAGAGGAGAGAAAACAUUCGUUGAGUUUGUUUCGUUAAGGUCACCCGGCUGUAUAUUACACAGUGCAAUUUUGAAUACAUAUAUUCAAAAUAUAUGUAUAUAUGCGAUUAUAGUGUCUUCUUAUUUUUACUUUUUUUUUUCUCGUGCGUAAUGUAAGCAUCUUGGCUCGUUAACGCGAAAAGCGCAUUUCCGCGGAACAACGAAAAGCUGUAACGCUAAAAAAUUACGAUAUGUAUACAUGUGAAAUCGUUCAAACGCAUGGUAUAUGUACAAAUUUGUCGUAAUUAUAACGUUCUUAUUUUCGGCAUGUAAAACGCGACUUCGUGAGGAGAGCUGCUGCUGCACAGUAAGUGAUCUCGUUGCAUUCGCGAUGAGAUUGACUUAAACGUAUUACGUGUAUCUGUGACUCGAGUUGUUUUCAAUUACUCCUCAUUAAUACGAUGACUUGUAUAUUACAUUGAAAUUAUUACAUAUAAUUUUUUGAUUAAACGGAGAGUUGUGGAUUAAUGCGACUCUCCUCUGUUAAAUAUUCCUCGGUAUAGUUAAAAAGUUUUGGAUAUAUGGCAAAUAUGCAGUAUAUAUAUUCUAAGAAAAAGAAAAACAUCUCCGCUCUUUUAUUAUUCUUACAUAUACUUACGUUACUUUUAAUAUAAUAUAAUAGAAUAAAUUGGAAUGUAUUCUCGGUAUAUUCGAACUAAUCAUGUAGAGCGAUGUAAACGUCUUCUUGUUUUCCAUAGCUUAACUGCAAUAGUUGGGAUUUGUCUUAUUAGAAUCUCCUGAAUUGUGUUAAUUUACGAAAUCAAAUCGCAUUAGUGUAAUAUACCUUCCAGUUAUCAUUCUUUUGCUAUUUUGACAUCAAAGAUUAGUAAUCGUAUAAAUAAUAAACUAUAUAGAAAUUAUGGUUGAACGAUUAGUUUACAGUUAUUGCCCGAAUUUUAUUAGAAAGGUUUUUUUUUUCCCCCCCAAGAAUAUCAAGGAAUUUUAUAUGAAAAAUCGUUUGUCAUACUCUCCAAAUGCAUUUUUAGAUGUACCAAAAAGAUAUAAUAUGUACUUGUUUCAAAUAUCGACUUGUCGGUCCACCGAAUUCUAAUCUUCAUUAUAGAAUCGUGACUUCGGUUUUUCGGGAGCGUCAGGAUGAUAUUAAAUCAAAAGAAUUACGCAUUUUUAUGUUUGUUGGCAAAAUAUAACCGCAUAGUUGACCCAUGCUCGAAACAUGCAUAACAAGAUAUAUGCAUCGAGACGAUGUUGCGAUUUUCAUUGCAACGGCAAACGCAAAACUUAUCGUACAUACUUUACGCGCAUGUAUCAUACUCUCCGUUAUUUAAUUCGCAUAAGUGCGAACUAAAAGUCUUCGAGAAAGGACAGCCAAGAUGAGAAUAAGUUUGACACAACCGAUCGCACCGUUUGUCGAGACGAACGAACGUAAAAUUAACGAUGCUGAUGCAGUAACAAUGAGUAACAGCGAUAUUUAUAUCUUUUUCAUUGAGAUUGUAAUAAAAAAGAAAAGGAAGAAGAAGAGGAAGAAAAAGAAGCAACCAUUAUCGAUUCCGUCUGUUGUACACAUUCGUUAAUACUGCAUUACUCAUACUGAUUAGUGGCGAACAUGUGUAUAGUUAUAUAUACAUAUUAAUCAGAAUGAAACAACACGCAUUGACCAACGCAACACAUACAUAUAUACAAAUAUAUUUAACAUUUUUUCAUUGUGAAUAACAAAUGAUCAGGUAUACUUUCAGUGAGAGAAAAAGAAGAAAAGAGAAGAAAGUGUAAGAACAACCGUGUGUCGAGCGUGUACGCAUGCACGCACAAAAUCAGCACGAACGAACAGAGAGAGAGAGAGAGAGAGAGAGAGAGAGAGAUAUGUAUGUGAAAACGUGUUUUCAUAAAACAAAGGUGCUGUGAGAAUUGUUACGAUUUGCGCAUGUACCAUAUAUACGUGAGGAAUAAUGUUUCUUCUACCCAUGAAUGGACCGACCGUGAGCGGUCGUUGUCAAAGCUUUACCAAUUACCGCUAAUAUAAGCGAGAAGUAAAUAGUUGUAAGUAAACUAUCGUUUAGCAACUGCAUAUAUAUAAAUAUAUAAAUAAUACAUAAACUCUCGUAUAAAAUACGAUAUGAGUAGGUCGAUGAUGCGUUUUGAAGAACUUGGAAGACCAAAUGUAGAUUACCUUCCUUUCUUUUGGAGAGAAUGUAAAUCUGUACGCAUAAACUAUGUCGAAAAAGGGCAAGAGUUUGCGGGCUAACAAUGUCUUCUCGCCGUGAUCUCGCGAAGCUGUGGAUUGCUAACCGCUCAUACUGACAUACGCGUUCAAUUAUAUACACACACACACACACACAUACACACGCAAUCGCUGACACCGACGACAGAUGAACGGUCGGUGAUUACGGCUGAAAGAAUCAAGUAUAUUUUUCGUUUUAUCUUAGUGUAUGUUUUUUAGUCCAUUUUCGCACUUCCUCAUGUAUACUCGGACGAUUUAGGACGACAAAAAAAAGAAGUAUACUAAAUGUAAUGUAUAAUUGAAAGUAAGGAGAAAAAAAGAUACAAAACGCGUAAUAAAGGAAGUAAGGA